AGAUAUGAAAACUCCUAGACAGACCAUUUACUGAGAUAUGAAAACUCUUAGACAGACCAUUUACUGAGAUAUGAAAACUCCUAGACAGACCAUUUACUGAGAUAUGAAAACUCCUAGACAGUCUCUGUGGCCUCAUCACUACUGACUUGUGGUGCCUGGUCUCAUCGCUCACCAUGACCCAAACCGGCCAGGCCGAGGAGUGAGACAGCCAUGUCUGAUCCUACCUUGUUCAGAGCCACCAGAAUACUCUGCAGAAGUAUAUCUAGUGACAUGGAGGAGUCUGAGGCCAAGGGCAGAGGAGGAGCUGUCCCCAUGAGGAAGAGUUCAGACAGGAGGGGUUCUGACUGGGGAAGCAUCGCCAUGCUGGAUAAGACCAAGGAAUUCUUCCAGACCUGCGAUGUGGAGGGCAAAGGCUUCAUCACACGCACCGAUAUGAGGAGGCUUCACAGAGAACUACCCCUCACUGCUGAAGAACUGGAGAAUGUCUUUGACUCCCUGAACACUGACCAGAACGGCUACCUCACCCUCGAAGUGUUCUCAUCAGGAUUCAGUCAGUUCCUGCACAACCGGAGGAUCUCUGUAGCCGAGGAUGCAGCACCCGCCCUCCCCACUUCUAGGAAGCUCUCAGAAGCCCUAUACCAGAGCAAAUGGGAUGAGAGGUUGACUGGAGGGUGGGAGGAUGAGGAGGAGAGUCACUUCUGUAUGCUGCUGGAGAGCCUAGGGGCCAGCAACGUGUUCCAGGAUCCAGGCGAGGUGCGCAGCUUGUGGGUCCAGCUGAGGAGGGACGAGCCUCACCUCCUGUCGAACUUUGAGGAAUUCCUGGCCAGAGUCACCUUCCAGAUCAAAGAGGCCAAAGAGGAGAGGAGGGAGAUGGAGAGCGCCCUCCAGAGGAAGGCAGCCACACACGACAGUGAGAUCCGCGGUCUGUAUGAAGAAAUGGAGCAACAAAUGAAAAGCGAGAAGGACCGGCUGCUCCUCCAGGACUCUGAGCGUCUCCAGUCUCGUAGUGACGACCUGGAGCACCAGCUGUCCCGUAAGGAGAGAGAGCUGGAGCAGCUCUUCCAGAAACAGAGGAGGUUGGAUCUCCAGUGUCGCGACCUGAGCAGUGAGCAGCAGGAGAGCCGGGUGGAGAAUGUCAAGCUGAAGAUGACCAACGAGGAACUGAGCAGAGAGCUGGAGAGCACCUGUCAGGAACUGUCCUUGGCCCAGGAACAACUGACCAUGCUGCAGGACCAGGCUUCCCGCCUGCACCAGGAGAGAGAGAUGGAAAUGUACCGAGUCACUGAGGGACUACAGAGAGAGAAACAGAGCCUGAUGAAACAACUAGACCUUCUCAGAGAGAUGAACAAACAUUUAAAAGAUGAGCGAGACAUAUACUGUGCUGUGAACCCCAGGAAGUCCCUCAAACAGAAGCAGAGAGCCGGCUUGGUCAAUCUGUUUGCGGACACCAGCCAGCAGCCGGUUAAAAGCGAGGACGAUGUUGACACCGCUUGUCCACCACGUUCGCCGAAAACCAACUACGGCCUGGCCAACGGCUACCACGACUCCAACACCUCGUCUCCAACCCAAGUGGUUGAGAUGGAGGCGCAGGGGGUGAGGGUGAAGGAGAGGCUCUCCAAGUUCGAGUCAGAGAAGACCCUCGCCCCCACCCAGAACGCAAGGGACAGGCAUACAGAGUACCAGAGUAAGCCGGAGGUUGGGGGCGAUGGGCUGGAUGGUCCCCCAGAUGGGUGGCCUCUCCGUCGGGUUAUCUCCAUCGAGGAGGACCACCUCCCCCACCUGCUUCAUGGAGGGCCCCAGCCCCUGCUGCACCAGCUCAGUGAGGAAGACGAGGAGGAGGAAGAGGCUAAAGGGAAGGAAGAUCUGGAGAGUAGUAUCUUCUUUGUUCCUGUACCUGUCCCGGUCACGACAGUGUCCCCCUUCAAACACCGAGGUAGUUUCAGCAGAAUCAGAAAUAUCCCCUCGUCACCUCGAGGACAGCCCGUCGGCAAGGAGACCCAAAAUAGGGUGAAGGAGAGGGCCGUGCCUGCCCCAGACCGCCUGUUUAAGGUGGUUCUGGUGGGCAACUCCAGUGUGGGCAAGACUUCCCUGCUGCGCACCUUCUGUGACGGCCGCUUCCACCCCUCCAGCCCCGCUACUGUGGGUAUUGACUACAGUGUGAAGACUCUAAUGUUGGACAACACCCAGGUAGCCAUGCAGCUGUGGGACACGGCCGGGCAGGAGAGGUACCGCAGCAUCACCAAGCAGUUCUUCCGUAAGGCAGACGGCGUGGUGGUCAUGUACGACAUCACGUUGCUGGACAGCUUCAAGGCCGUGCGACCCUGGCUCAUCAACGUCCAGGAGGCUGCGGGAGUGGGCAUUCCCAUCCUGCUCCUGGGCAACAAGAUGGACGUGACGUCUGAGAGGGAGGUACCAUUUAAAGAUGCAGAGACUCUGGCCCACGACACCCGUGUGAUAUUCUAUGAGGUCAGUGCUUACACCGGCUACAACGUGACAGAGGCCAUGAUCCACCUGGCCAGAGUGCUGAAAGAGCAGGAGGAUCGGGUGAGAGACACGUCUGUCUUACUGGAGGCCCUGCCCGUCAAGAAGAAAGCCUGCUGCAAGUGAAGAUACUCAGACAGAAUAGAGAGAGAGAGCAUUUGGAAUGGCUAGAGACUCCCGAUGACAAGUGAAGGAACUCUGACAGAAUAGAGAGAGAGAGCAUUUGGAAUGGCUAGAGACUCCUGAUGACAAGUGAAGGAACUCUUCAAUCUAACUCUUUCUCUGUGCUCUCGGAGCCAAAUCCUAACUUUAUGGACAUUUGUUAAUCAAUGUCUCAAAUUAGGACGGCCCUUCUUUCAGUACCUGUUUUGUUAAAGGCAAAGAGCCCAGUUGAGCUGGAUCCUUGUGGAUUUAGCUCUAGUCGACAUUACAACCCUUUUUCUGUUGUUAUUUGGACCUCCUGACUGUUAUGAGCAAUAGACAUGUGUUCUACUGUAGAACUAAUGGUAUAUUUGGUCAAUUUAAAAAGUGGAUCAAUCAUUUCAAUGUAUAGAAUGACUGUUUUUCUUUAGUUGUGAUUAUGUUGUUAAUCAAAACACAGAAUGGAUAUGUAAAUAAGAGCUUGAUUAAGUUGGUAGUUCCUUACAAAAUAAUGAUUGUCAUAAAUUUGAUUAAAAUACUGAUGUGAAAUCUAA